UUCUUCCGCGAUCUCGCGAUGUGAACCAAGUAUUUUUGCCUUGCCUUUUAAUAAGUGGAUCCCACUAUUUCUCUGGGUAUUGCUCAAUCUGUGAUUUCGACAAUUCGGAACUGAAAGUAGAGGGAGAUGCACCGAGAUACGUGUGGAUACGUGGAACCGACGCUCUCAAGGAAAGGAAAUAUGUAACCAAGCGCUAGGGACUGCACCUGAAAUUACAGAACCAGGAUUUUCUUUUAAUUUUCGGAUUGCACUUUUGCGUGUUACAUUUCCUUUGGACAAAAUCUCCAGAACUCUGUAAACAUGAGCGAGGAAACAGCAGAAUUGCCUAAAGAACUGUUGGAAAGCAUAAAGGAUGCGGUGAACAGGAAGAUCAAGCUUUCCGUGAGGAAGAGAGUGAAACUAGAGGUUAAGGGUGACAAGUUGGAAAACAAAAUUCUGGCUCUGGCUUCCCAUCGGGCCUACCUGCUGACAGCUCGAAUCCCUGCAAAGGUGGAACAUAGCUUCAAUUAUCUGGAAAUAAAUGGAAUCACCUGCAACAAGCCCACCCAGUUGGUGGUGGAGUAUGACAGGGGCCUGCUGUCCAUGAAGCUGGGCUCUACGGAGGACGUGGAUGAGGUGGUUGGCCACAUAGGCGGCUGUCAGCAGAGGAUCUGUCCUGGCCUGUCUGCUGUAAAGGUGAUGAAGAAGCUGGUAAUGGAACCUCCCGAAAGAAUUACAAGCCUGCAGGCUCUGUGGGACAGUCAGAAUGUGCCAGAACCAGGACCCUGUGGUGGCUUCUCGCAUACGUACAAGUGUGUCUGUGACUGGCUGGGACUGCCCUACCGGGAAGAAGUGCAAUGGGAUGUGGAUACAAUCUAUUUAACCCAUGAUACACGGGAAUUAAACCUACAAGAUUUUAUUCAUCUUGAAAACAGGGAUUUAGUGGCCAUCAUUGCUGUUCUGGAACUUAACCAGUGGUUCACAAAGCUCUGUAUCAAGGAUUACAAGCUGUCUGCAGAUGUGUGUGACCAGAUUCUACGAGUUGUGUCCCGGACCACUCGACUAGAAGAGCUGGUUUUGGACAAUGCUGGACUGAAAACUGACUUUGCACAGAAGCUGGCCAAUGCUCUCGCCCACAACAGCAACUCAGGGCUUCACACCAUCAACCUCGCCAACAACUCUCUGGAAGACAGAGGCAUCUACUCACUGAGCGUGCAGUUUGCCAAACUGCGAAAUGGGCUCGAGCAUUUAAAUCUCUCCAAAACGUCAUUAUCACCCAAAGGUGUGAACAGCCUUGCCCAGUCCCUGAGCGCCAACCAGCCCAUGCUCAGCUCGCUCACUCACCUGGACCUGUCGGGGAAUGUCAUUCGAGGGGAUGACCUCCCGAAUCUGUACAAUUUCCUGGGCCAACCGAACAGCCUGAGCACCCUGGACCUGUCCAACACUGACUGUUCUCUGGACGUGUUGUGCGCUUCCCUCCUACGGGGAUCAAUCGAGCAUCUGUCUGUUCUCAAUGUGUCAAAGAGUGUCUUCUCUCACAGGAAAGGCAAAGAAGUCCCGCCCUCUUUCAAGAGCUUUUUCAGCAGCUGCAUGGCCCUCCGGAGCAUCACUGUGUCUGGAACCAAACUGCCUCCAGAAGCACUCAAAGCGCUGUUGCUUGGCCUUGCCUGCAACCCCAAUCUAAAGGAAGUGUCCUUGGAUCUUAGUGGCUGCGAGUUGCGGUCUGGUGGCUCUCAGAUCCUGGAAGGCUGCAUAGCAGAGAUCCCCAAUAUCUCCAGCCUGGACAUUUCUGACAAUGGCUUGGAUUCUGAUCUGACCACACUUCUGGUAUGGCUGGCAAAAAACAGAUCCAUCCGCCAUCUCUCACUGGGGAAGAACUUCAACAACAUCAAGUCAAAGAAUCUUGCACCCGUCUUGGAUAACCUGGUGCACAUGUUACAGGAAGAGGAAUCGCCCCUGACCUCCCUUUCAUUGGCCGACUCCAAGCUGAAGACUGACCUGACCAUAGUCCUGAACGCCCUGGGCAGCAACACCUCCCUGACCAGACUGGACAUCAGUGGGAACGGGAUGGGGGAUAUGGGGGCCAAGAUGCUAGCCAAAGCCCUGCAGAUCAACAGCAAACUCAGGACGGUUAUUUGGGACAAAAACAACAUCAGCCCACAAGGCCUGCAGGAUGUGGCUGCUGCCCUGGAGAAAAACUUCACCAUCCGGUUUAUGCCCAUCCCCAUCAUCGAUGCCUCUCAGGCUCUGAGGUCCAGCCCGGAAAAGACAGAGGACGCACUGAUGAAGAUUGAAAACUACCUACUGCGGAACCACGAGACUCGCAGAUACCUCCAGGGGCACGCGUACAGGUUACAGCAGGGCAUCGUCACGACAACCACACAGCAGAUGAUGGACCGGAUCUGCGUCAAAGUCCAGGACCACCUGAACUCCCUGCGCUACACGGAGACAGACGCCAUUCAGGAAGACAUGAAGGUGGCGGAGAAUCUGAUGAAGGAUGCCAGGAACUCCAAAACCCUCCUGCCAAACCUGUACCACCUGGGCUCAGCCUCGCCCGGGGACAUGGGCGUUCCUCCCGCCAGUCCUAUCCAGGAGAAACUGGAGUCCAUGGCAGGGGAGGUCACCAGGGUGAUGGACGAGCAGCUGCAGUCUCUGUUGCUGUGCAUGGUGGACGCAGCUGAAGGCCUGUGCCCUCAUGUGAUGAAGAAGGCCAACCUGAGGCAGGACCUCAUCAAGGCCAGCAGCGGCCGAACAGUCAUCCCGUGCGACUUUGUCAAGACCACGCUGCUGGAGCAGUCCGGCGUGGACAUCAUCAACAAGAUCAGUGAAGUAAAGCUCAGUAUGGCUUCUUUUCUCUCUGAUCGUAUCGUCGAUGAGAUUUUGGAGUCCCUCUCCAGCUCACAGAAUACCCUGGCAAACCACCUGGUCUGGAAAGGGCAGCCCCUGCCACAGCAGGUAUCCGUGGAAACGGAGGUCCCAGAGGAGAAGCCAACCAAGCAGGCCAGCCUGGAACAGACAGAGGCUGACAGGCUAGAAGAGAUGGACGCCUGCAUGAUGACACCCAAGUCUAAGAGGAAAAGCAUUCACAGCAGAAUGCUGCGGCCAGUUUCUCAUGCUUUUGAGAUGGAGUUUGACCUGGAUAAGGCUCUGGAGGACGUGCCAAUCCACAUCGAGGACCCGCCCCCUCCGCCCAAAGUGGAGAGGAUGGCCUCUGUGGUCCUGUGUGAGCUGCCCUCCGAGGAGGGCACCAAACUGCAGCACAUCACCAAGCUGCGGCCCAGGAGGAACAAGAGGACGCACCCGAAAAAGAUCCCUGUCAGAAGUACCCCGUCGCAGGAGAGCGAUCAAAACAGCCUCAUGGGCCGGCUGGAUGAGGGCAUGGAUGAUUUCUUCUCCAAGAAAGUGACCAAAAUAGGACUGAAACGACCCACCCUGAAGUCCUCUCCCUCCCAGGAGGGAGAGAAGAAGCGCGACUCCCGCAAGAGCGGCUUCCUCAACCUCAUCAAGUCCCGCUCUUCUCGGUCUGAGAAGAGCCACCCAGCUCCGGCGCCGGCUGCGGCUCCAGCGACCGCGACUGCGUCGACCGCACCAUCUGCGUCGACCACUCCGACUGCAAUGACCACACCGACUGCAAUGACCACACCGACUGCCUCGGCUGCUCCAACUGCGUCGACCACACCGACUGCAAUGACCACGACGACCGCGGCGACUACGCCGACAGCAGCGACCGUGACCGCGGCGACCGAGGUGCCCUCCCCCCCGGUGGCCGCGCCCCGAGGCCCCGCCCCCGAGCCCAGUCCCAGGGCCCCGCCCGUGGACCACAGCGGUGGCUCGGAGCCCCCGGAGGAGCUGAAGACGGCAGACGCUGUGGACGGGCAGCCGGAGGGCGACGGCAGAACCAGCCCCCAGGGCGGCCCGAGGUGCGGGGUGCAGGUCAUGGGCAUGGACCUCCUGGCAGAGAUGAGGGCCAUGCAGGAGAAGAGGGCGGCUGCCAGCCAUAAGACUUCAAACCCCCCGCCCAGCCCGGACAAGACGGAUGGAAGCGAGGCAGCAGCCAAAGGGCAGUCCACUCCGCCAGACAGCCGAGCCUCAGGGCCAAUCAGAGCCGAGGGAGGCGUGGCCUCGUCAGAGAAGCCCGCUCGGAGCGAGGGCAGGCCGGAGGCCGCUCCCAGGAUCCGGAACCCUCCGUCCAGCCCCAAGCCCUCCCCUCAGGGCUGCAAGCCCUCCCCCAUCGCCCGGCCUACUGUGCCACACAAGCCCCGCACCAGCAGCAGGAGCAUAGACGAGGCACCAGAAUCCCCUGCUGGGAAUGCAUCCCCAAAGGUGUCACUGCUGCCCCAAGGCCUGAAGAGGGCACCAUCGGACAAGGAGAGUGAGGGGCAGAGCGGCCCUCUUCUUCUGGGAGCUGAGGAAGUGGACCUAUCAGGAGACAGUAGCGCGUUUGACCAUGAUCAGGAGACAGCAAGCCCAGUGCCCACAGCGAGAGUCAGGCCCCCACGCCAGUGUUCCACCAGCACUGCCUCGGACGCAGAGGAGGAAGGGCGCAGGAAGUCCCUCCCCAGACCUGUGAGACCGGCCUCUGUAGCAGACGUGGGUCUGCAGCAGAGCUCCAAAGGGGACAGCCCUGAGGACCACGACUCCAGGCCCAAGGACACGUCCCCCGAUGGGGAUGGGGAAGGGGACCAGGGAGGAACGUCCACAGAGUCUGAAGAGGAGCCAGACAAAGCCCAAACUUCAUAAAACAAGAAAAGAUGGGUCAGUCCUGACUCUGCUCGGAAUAAGACUACCUGCUAAAUGCACCUUUUGCCUUUUUUCUUCUCCUCUAAGGCCAAAUAAUACUGUGUUUGUUGUCCUUUGUGAGACAGGUAGAGAAACUGUAUGACGUGUGACGCUUUAAGAAGGCUAAGCUACAUCAUUACCCAUGAAUUAGAAAUUAGGCUGUGAAAUGAUAGGACUAUGGGCGUACUGUAGCUUUUUUCACUGUGCAUCAGUAAAGCUCACAAACGGUCUUCCUAUUUUAUUAGUCGACAAGAGAUCAUAGCCCUAGCUUCUUUGCAACUCAGUUAUUUUUUUCUCUAGUGGAAAAAUGCUGUUACUGCAAUACCCAUUCCAUCACCGGGCAAAUUGAAAGCAAGAUAACUACCUCCAGUUGCAGCAUAAAAUGGGAGAGCAUGACUAUCCAUUGUGUUUCUCUGAAAUGAUGUAGCUUCAAGCCAGAUGCAGAGCACAGACUGUACUUUCCCUGUUGGUCACAUUUAUGAACUACAGUGUUGGGGCUCCAGCACCUGAAUGCACAAUACAUGACCGUAAUGACCUUAGUGGUAAAGAGGUGGAGGCCUUCUUGCCAACUCACACUUGCACUGUAGCACCCUGACCGCUUUAUAGCUGUAAUCUAGCAGGUUGGUUCUGAAACUUUUCUCAUACUUCAAACCAUAAAACUAGAGUGUGGUCACAUUAAUAACCACACUACAACAGGGGUCAGUUUAAAAUUCCUGUCAGCAUUCUCUGAUCUCUGAUUGGAUCGGUCAUGUUGCGGCCCUGAAUUGCUUUCUUUCCCUCGUCCAGGAUGGACUGGUCCACUGUGGUCAAACUUUCUAUUGCUUACAGAAUGAAAUACCUUGGUAACCAUUAAUCUUACAGUCUCUAAGAUAAAUGGUUACCUCAUGUUUACUGAGUAAAUACAAGCUAUUUAAGUGUAAUUAUAAGUAACUAUUUUGAUUUCGGAGAUAAGUGCUAUGAAAUGGGCUGUAAGACCUAUUAUCACAGUACUUAACAACUUUGUUUCAUAGUACUUAACUCUGAAAUUGAAAUAGUUAUGUAAUGGUAAUAAUUAUACCAGUAGCUGUAUUGACCUAGAAAACUCAAGAUAAAAUAAGGUUACUUUUAUUACCAAAACCUUUGUUCCAUGCUGUUUUCUCCGAGUAGCCAAAAUCAAAUCGACUGUCCAACUCUUCCCAGUACUGUCGUAUGAAUCUUUUUGGCAAAUAGUAUUGACGAAUGACUAAUAACUGAAACUGUGUUUGUCUUGAGUUAUUUGCCAUAAACAUAUUGACAGCAAAAACUAAAAAAACUGUCAGAUAUGCAUGUGAGGUAUGUGUAUAUAUGUGUAUUCAUACAUCUGUGUGUAUAUUUGCAUGUGUAAUAUACAUAACACAUUUAUAAAGUAAUAUUUAUAUGCAUACACAUAUUGUGUACACAGUCCUUAUAUUUCUCUAUUACUAAGCACAUUACUAAAUAAAGGGGUCUUUAUAUUUAUAAUUUAUUAGAUAAAUGGGGGCUUGAUUAUGUUUUUUUAACCUGUAUAAGGGAUUUUAUAUUGGGAAAAAGGUGCAUUGAAUUAAUUAAAUUACAAAAUGAUUGACUAUGAGGUUAUUGUUUAGGAAACACAAGUUGUUAAUCCUAUAAACAUGAUUACAUGCUGUUUUACAGAGAAACAAGGUGUUUUGGUUAUCAUUUUUUUAAGUAACAAUGUAAUACUGUACUCUUGUGAAAAACUGAAUUCUGUUCAUAUUGCAUUGAGAUGCUUUAUUGGUUGUGGAAAUUUCUUCAUGUGUAUAUUUGUACCAAUAAAAAUAUUUUACUGAUUCAAAA